AUGAGUGACUCAAGUUCACAAGAUGAACCUGAGACAGGCCAUCCUCAAGUUGAAGAUCAACAGGACGAGCCAUAUAAUGAACCUCUUCCCGCUGUAUCUACUCCUCAAUCUUCAACUAAAGCCACAUUUCCUCUUCAGGUUCCUCCUUCUGAGAAGAAGGCCCAAUACUAUAUGAGGGGUGGCCAACAGUUUCAGGAAAAUAAUAUUGUACCUGUGCAUACUGUAUUCUUUUUCAGUAUUCCAUUCAAAAUUGAUCAAAAUGUGUUUCAAAAAUUUGUUGAGAAAUUUGGUGAUGUACAAAACAUAUAUGAAAAGCGUGAGAAAG